AUGGAUUUCAAUCUGAAAAAGUUUGCCAAUGAUGCCAGUGGACUCUUCAGCAGGGCCAAACAAGUAAGUUCUUGGAUUUUGUAGUUCUUUCAAGGUUUAGAGACAAAAUGUUAUACUUGACCGGAUGGAUAAAAUAAAGUCAAAAUUUUGAUGGAGAAAGUCGAGAAGAUUGAUUCAAAUUGUUUUAGUACACCGAAGAGACCUUCUUGAAGGCCGAGAAGACUGAAUUGGAUCCGCAUUUCGAGCAGCUCUUGCAGCGGGCGGAUAAAACCGAAGAGCACACCAAGAAAUUGCUAAAUUCCAUUGAAGGAUACCUACAGCCUAAUCCAAGUGAGUGACUAUAGCUUUUAAUUGGAAGAUAAGGGCAAAAUACAGCUUUUUUGACUUGGUGGAACUUCAAAUUCCGUCUUUUUUGUGUGAAAUUGUCAUGAAUCGUAUAGUUUUAGAUACAAAUUUUUGUUUGAACAGGGAUGAAUAAGAUGUAACAUGCUGAUUCAUCGUAAAAGAUUUAGAAAAGAGCUGGAUGGGAAUAUUCGAAGAUAGUGGGAUGAAAAAUAUUGGAUUUUUAAACAGUUUUAUUUUACCCGGCUACCUAGUACAAUAUAAGUGAAAAAACGGUAUUUAGAGGUUUUUGAUGCCAAAAAUUUAUAUCAGAAAAUACGUUAGAUAUCUCAAGAGACUCAACAAACAUUUUUUCCUCUAAUUAUCAGUGUAAAAUUACACUUUGGAGACAUUUUAUACGAUGAAACAUGUUUCGUGAUAACCGAAAAAGCCCUUAGGAUGUGGUUUGAAAACCUCAACAGACAUAAUAUGGGCUAAUACAUUGUCUACACUCUAUUUUGCUUCUUUUUUUAUUGAAAUAAUAACUCAAUUUCGAAUUUUGAACCUUCUUGUCUAGUAUAAUAUAACCUCUCCCCCGAACUUUCAGCUGUUCGUAUGGAAGAUGUUUUCUACGAAAAAUUGGAGCUGAAAAAAGAAUCUCAUCGACAGAAUAACCUGGAAGCCUUGGGAAAGGCGAUGCUCGAUGCUGGAAACGAAUUUGGCCCCACCAGUCCGUACGGCUCGGCCUUGUUGAAGAUCGCCAAAACAGAGACCGCAAUUGGACAAAGAGAGUCGGAGUUUAUAAACACGGCCGCCGCGAAUUGUUUGCUACCGAUCCGACGCUUCUUGGAGGGGGAUAUGAGAACAAUUCAGGUAAAAUAAACGUUUUGAUGGCUAGUGUAAUAUAAUUUUUGGAAUUUCAGAGAGAACGAAAGGUGCUGCAUGGGAAACGAUUGGACCUGGAUGCUUGCAAAUCUAAGCUGAAGAAAGCCAAGACGUUGGAAGCUAGUGCGGUGGUAAGUUGAGGAAUUAUGAGAUAAAAUUUGAAGGUAUAGUCAUCAUGGUGAAGAUCGGAAGAUAUCUUGAAAAUUAUUUGGAAUAUAGGGCAGUUAUAGCUCUUAGAGGGUUUUCAGGGACUCUAGUUGACCUAGUAAAUGUUUUAAGUAUUUUGCUUCCUUAGUUUUUGAAUUAUGACAUUACUCAUCUAGUGUAAUAUAAAGUAUUUUUUGGAUAUAAAGAAGAAUUCCGCGGUGUAAUUUAGAGGUUGUCCAGGCCUUGCAGGGUCUAUUAAGUCAUCAGGCAUUGUUACGACCAAUUCAUCAAGAUAUUUCGACCAAAAAUCGAGGUUUUAUUAUAUUACACUAGGUAGAAGAGUCAAAAAAUUUAGAAAAGUCACUUCUAAAUACUUCCUUUCAAUAGAAAAUUAUCUAAUAAUGGCUUUUUAAGCAAAAUGCCCCCUCUGGCGACACAAUCCAACAGGUGAUUUUGUUGUCUCGUGAUGUUGUAGAGUUGAUAUUGUACUUGGUGAUUUAGAAGAAUUUGGGAAAUUUUGUUUGAAAAAAUACUUAGUAUUGUGUCGUAGAUAGUCUGAAUGGUCCAGAAAUUCAAUGCCGAGCUUUAAUUUUUUAUUUUUUACCUUAUUUUAGGCCGAAGCGGACCUCCGAGUAGCCCAAUCCGAGUUCGACAAGCAAUGUGAAAUCACAAAAUUGCUACUGGAAGGAAUACAAACAGCACAUGUAAGAGAUUUUUGAUGACAUUUGGGACUUUUCAGAAGUCUUUCGGACUUGCGAAAAAUUUGAAUUUUGAAUUUCCCGCCAAAAUUUUUAGGACGAUUUUUUGUUUGUUAUGGGGAGAUUUUGGUGUAUAAAGGUUUACAUGAUGUUUAUUUGUCUUUUAGGACCUGAAAAUUUAUUUUACAGAGAUUUUUGAAUUUUGAAAAAUCGAGAUUUUUUGAUUUUUUUCAGAAUAAUCAACUCAAAUGCAUCCGAGAUUUUGUGGAUGCGCAGACCAGCUUCUACGCCCAAGCCCAUCAACAAAUGGUCGAUUUACAGAGAGAGUUAUCCAGGUAAUCAGAUUUUUUUUUUUUUUUUUUGAUGUCUAGUGUAAUAUCGAAAAAAAAUUUGGUUGAUUUUGGGGGAAAAAGUGGUUGUAGCAGAGUGAAUUGUCUUUAGGAUGCUAUAAAAAAAUUUUUUUGCAAAUUUUUUAUGUAUUUACUACUGUAUUUUUCAAAAAAAUUUGAGAAUUUUUGAGAUUUUUUAAAAAAUUUCCCUCCAAGCCAUAAAAUUUCUACUUGUUUCAGUGUUGGUAACUCUCCGGAUUCCGGCUUGGGUGGCGUGUGAUGUGCUGUGAAUUGGUCGUUCUGUUGGUCCCAUCAAUGUGCUUCUAACCGAGAUUCUUCACUUAUUUUAGCAAUUUUUGGCUAACUUUCGCUUGUAACCUAAAAUUUUUGUAUAUUUAUUUCGUAAAAAUCAUUUGAUACUAGUCCUCAAAUAUGUAUUUGUCCUAGUUCUGAUAGUAUUUAUUAGAAAAUAGCCGAUUUUAUAGAUGAAUUUUACAGUCUCUUAUUCUUGUGGUAUGUGUACAAUAAAUGAUGAAUAUACAGUGAAAUUGAGUGGAUUUGAGUUAGUUUUUUGUUUUAUUGGCGUUAUAAGGAGUCCUAGUUUCAGUUGGACUCGAAAUCCGGCGGUUUUGAGGGAAAUCAAGUUUUCGUGGUGGGACCAAAAUUGAGGUGUAGUGGUGUUUGUAAUAGCCGGAUUUUAAGGUAAAAUUUGAUCUACUGAGGUAGAAUACAUGAUUAAAAAUAUUUUAUAUUCUAUCAAAGUUCUUUGUUUUCGUGUUAAGACCCAAAAAAGUAAUUUUUUCUUCAAAAAAUCCCAAUUUCAGCACCAACUCGGAUCCUGAGAUUGAACUCCUCCCCAAUGGCUCUGAAGACUCUCUUUUGUCCUAUAACUCGUCAAGCUCAUCAAAAACUCGUCAGGCCAGAGCACUCAUGGACUACGCGCCAUUAGACGACUCUGAAAUCGAACUCCGAUUCAAUGAAGUGGUAAUUAUGUACAGUUUGCCCGGAAUGGACGCGGAAUACGUGAUGGUGGAGAAAAUGGGACGUCGAGGAAAAGUGCCACUUACAUUUUUACAAGAAAUUUAA